GAGUCCAGUUGGUUCAGGUGAAGCUCCGCCUCCUUCCUGGUAGCAGCUCACCUGUGUCUCAGUCUGUUCAGAUCUUCCUCUUCAGCCCUUUGGAGCGUUUGAACAAACUCAGCAUGGAUCAGCCUGAGGACAGAGAGGAGGGAGUCCCUCCCUCUAGCGACGACUCAAGGGAUAUGAUCAUUGACUUCAAAUCUCCUGGACCUCCAUCCUCAGAGAGAGUGAACCAGCAGAACUCUGAGGUUCCCAGAGGUCCGUCUGCCCGGCAGCAUCAAACCCAGCUGGACUCCAUAUUUAUGCUGCUGGAGGACAACAUUGUCACUUUUGUGAAGAAGGAGCUGAAGAAGAUCCAGAAGGUUCUGAGUCCAGAUGACCCAGACUGCUCAGAGAGUCAGAGAGAUGAUGAGGAGGUGUUGGAAGGUGAGGAUGAAGAGCAGAGGAGGAGCAGCAGAGAGGCAUUGAUGAAGAUCACUCUGAACUUCCUGAGGAGGAUGAAGCAGGAGGAGCUGGCUGACCGUCUGCAGAGCAAACAUCUUACUGCAGUUUGUCAACCUAAACUUAAAUCUGGUCUGAAGAAGAAGUUCCAGUGUGUGUUUGAGGGGAUCGCUAAAGCAGGAAGUCCAACCCUUCUGAACCAGAUCUACACAGAGCUCUACAUCACAGAGGGAGGGACUGGAGAGGUCAAUGAUGAACAUGAGGUCAGACAGAUUGAAACAGCCUCCAGGAAACCACACAGACCAGAAACAACCAUCAGACAAGGAGACAUCUUUAAAGUCCCACCUGGAAGAGAUCAACCAAUCAGAACAGUGAUGACAAAGGGAGUGGCUGGCAUUGGGAAAACAGUCUUAACCCAGAAGUUCACUCUGGACUGGGCUGAAGACAAAGCCCACCAGAACAUUCACUUCAUAUUUCCAUUCACCUUCAGAGAGCUGAAUGUGCUGAAAGAGAAGAAGUUCAGCUUGGUGGACCUUGUUCAUCACUUCUUUACUGAAACCAAAGAAAUCUGCAGCUUUGAACACUUCCAGGUUCUGUUCAUCUUUGAUGGUCUGGAUGAGAGUCGACUUCCUCUGGACUUCCAGAACCAGGAGAUCCUGACUGAUGCUACAGAGUCCACCUCAGUGGAUGUUCUGCUGACAAACCUCAUCAGGGGAAAACUGCUUCCCUCUGCUCGCCUCUGGAUAACCACACGACCUGCAGCAGCCAAUCAGAUCCCUCCUGAGUGUGUUGGCAUGGUGACAGAGGUCAGAGGGUUCACUGACCCACAGAAGGAGGAGUACUUCAGGAAGAGAUUCAUAGACGAGGAGCAGGCCACCAGGAUCAUCUCCCACAUGAAGACAUCAAGAAGCCUCCACAUCAUGUGCCACAUCCCAGUCUUCUGCUGGAUCACUGCUACGGUUCUGGAGGACGUGUUGGAGACCAGAGAGGGAGGAGAGCUGCCCAGCACCCUGACCGACAUGUACAUCCACUUCCUGGUGGUUCAGACCAAAGUGAAGAAGGUCAAGUAUGAUGGAGGAGCUGAAACAGAUCCACACUGGAGUCCAGAGAGCAGGAAGAUGAUUGAGUAUCUGGGAAAACUGGCUUUUGAUCAGCUGCAGAAAGGAAACCUGAUCUUCUAUGAAUCAGACCUGACAGAGUGUGGCAUCGAUAUCAGAGCAGCCUCAGUGUACUCAGGAGUGUUCACACAGAUCUUUAGAGAGGAGAGAGGAGGGCUGUACCAGGACACAGUGUUCUGCUUUGUCCAUCUGAGUGUUCAGGAAUUUCUGGCUGCUCUUCAUGUUCAUCUGACCUUCAUCACCUUUGGUCGCAACCUGAUGGAAGAAACACAAACAUCUAAGAAACCUAAUCUGAAGUCUCUUCAUCAGAGAGCUGUUGAUCAGGCCUUACAGAGUCCAAAUGGACACCUGGACUUGUUCCUCCGGUUCCUCCUGGGACUUUCACUGCAGACCAAUCAGAAACUGCUACAAGGUCUACUGCCAAAGACAGGAAGUAGCUCACAGACAAACCAGGAAACAGUUCAGUACAUCAAGAAGAAGAUCAGUAAGAAUGUGUCUGCAGAGAAAAGCAUCAAUCUGUUCCACUGUCUGAAUGAACUGAAGGAUCGUUCUCUAGUGGAGGAGAUCCAACAGUCUCUGAGUUCAGGAAGUCUCUCUACAGAUGAACUGUCUCCUGCUCAGUGGUCAGCUCUGGUCUUCAUCUUAGUGUCAUCAACAGAAGAUCUGGAUGUGUUUGACUUGAAGAAAUACUCUGCUUCAGAGGAGGUUCUUCUGAGGCUGCUGCCAGUGGUUAAAGCCUCCAACAAAGCUCUACUGAGUGGCUGUAACCUCUCAGAGAGAAGCUGUGAAGCUCUGUCCUCAGUUAUCAGCUGCCAGUCCUCCAGUCUCAGAGAACUGGACCUGAGUAACAACAACCUGCAGGAUUCAGGAGUGAAGCUUCUCUCUGCUGGACUGGAGAGUCCAAACUGCAGACUAGAAACUCUCAGACUGAGUGGCUGUAACCUCUCAGAGAGAAGCUGUGAAGCUCUGUCCUCAGUUCUCAGCUCCCAGUCCUCCAGUCUCCGAGAACUGGACCUGAGUAACAACAAUCUGCAUGAUUCAGGAGUGAAGCUUCUCUCUGAUAAACUAGAGAGUCCGAACUGCAGACUGGAAACUCUCAGCUUGUCAGGCUGUCUGGUCUCCAAGCAAGGCUGUGCUUUUCUGGCCUUGGGUUUGAGCUCCAACCCCUCCCAUCUGAUAAUGUUGGACCUGAGCUACAAUCAUCCAGGAGACUCAGGAGUGAAGCUACUGUCGGCUGGAAAGAAGGAUCACUGGAAACUAGAGGCUCUCAGGGUGGAGCCUGCUGGAGUCCGAUGGUUGACACCAGGUCUGAGGAAGUAUUCCUGUCAACUCACAAUCGACACAAACACAGUGAACAGAUUCCUCAAACUGUCUGAAGACAACAGGAAGGUGACACGUGUGAAGGAGCUUCAGUCAUAUCCUGAUCAUCCAGACAGAUUUGAUCUUCGCCAGCUGCUGUGUAGAGAUGGUCUGACUGGUCGCUGUUACUGGGAGGUCGAGUGGAAAGGAAGAGUUAAUAUAUCAGUGAGUUACAGAAGAAUCAGGAGGAAAGGAGAUGGUAGAGACUGUAUGUUUGGAGGAAAUGAUCAUUCCUGGAGUCUGAGCUGCUCUGAUGUUGAUGGUUACUCUGUCUGGCACAAUAACAGACAAACAUCUAUCUCCACCUCCUCCGUCUCCAACAGAGUAGCAGUCUAUGUGGACUGUCCUGCUGGUAUUCUGUCCUUCUACAGAGUCUCCUCUGACUCACUGAUCCACCUCCACACCUUCAACACCACAUUCACUGAACCUCUGCAUCCUGGCUUUUGGUCCAGUUCUGGUUCCUCAGUGUUUCUGUGCUGAUUGAGUCUAAAGAGUCUUCUCCUGGCAGAGAAAGCCUCUCCCUGUUGAACAGAUAGUUCAGUCUGUUCAUGUCUGUCUCUUUCACUCAGAAACACGUUUUCACAUUCAUGGAUUCAAUCUGUUUCUUUGUGAAAUUCUUCUUGUUACGCCCCAACUUGUCUAGGGGAGGGGAAGUAGCAUUUAGAUAUCACAACCAGGAAGGUUUUUUAUAAAAAGGUAAUUUAUUGUCCAGUUUGGGGUGUGAACAAAAGAGGUUGAAACAAUAAAUACACCCCCAAGGGACAUAACACAAAUGACAAAAAAAAAACCCACAAUGAUGACUUAAGGCCACAAGAACUAAGGUGUUGAUGCUGGAAACAGCAUCAACACUAAACAAACCACAAGACAAAACCAAAACAUCAAACUAGUAACACAACCAGGAAUUGAGAGGGUAAAACCGAGUGCCACGGCAAAUUGCCAGACGAGUGACACAGCCUUCAAUAGUCAGGUUAAACGAGUGCUACAGUAAAACAAAAACACAUCACAACAAACAAAACACAACACAACACAACACAACACAACACAACACAACACAACACAACACAACCGACAGUGUGGCAAGCUGCUCUAAAACACAGCUGCCCUGAUUGCAUGGGAGAACUGAGUUUAAAUAAGGAGUGCUCCACACGGAUUGGUGAGGCAAUCAGGCGAAUGUC